AUGGAACAGGCACUGCUCCAGGGGACUGCGGCGGUUGCAGAGGCAGCGAAGCAAGGCAGACUCGAAGAGGCGCUGCGGCGCUUGGCUUUGUUACGGGACCGCGGUCUGCGGCUGGAUGCAGCAGUGCACCAUGCAGCUCUGGGUGGAGCCAAACGUCGAUGGCGAGAGGCAUUGCAGAUGGCCAUCCAGAUGCAGCAGGAUGGCAUUUCCUUCACUUCGGUGACUUUCACUUUGCUGCUCACCGCGUGCCGCCCUCAUCGCUGGCGCCGUGCUGCGCUGCUGCUGGCCGCAGCGGGUGGACGGGCCUCACGAGCCACCUGGAACGUGGCUUUAGGCCUUUCAGCAUCGCCCGAUGGUGCUCUCGAACUCUUGCAUCAGAUGCGAGGGGCAUUGCUCAGGCCAGACGAUGUAAGCUAUGGGGCGAUGGUGAGCAGCUGCAGUCAGAGUUUUCAUUGGAUGGAAGCUUUCCAGAUGCUUGUGAUGGCUCAGACCAAUGGCUGCAGGCUCUCAGAGAGCGCUUUUUGCGCAGCGCUUGCUUGUUGCAGCCGCAGCAAUCGCUGGGUUGAGGCCUUGGAGACCUUGGGGAAAUCAACGUCUGAAGCAGGGUUGAAUGCCGCGGCCAGCGCUUGCGGCAAACGUUGGGAGAUGGCCUUGACCCUGCUUCCUGAAACUCGUGGGCGUCAAAGACGUGUGGGGCGCAAUGCUGUGGCUGCCGGGUGUGCACAAUUGAAUCUCUGGCAGGAGGCCUUUUGGCUGGGGAUGCACAACAUUCUGCCAGAUGCCAUUGGUUUGAGUGCUUGCUUCAGUGGGCUGGAGCGUGAGGUGUGGCCGCGAUCCUGGAACCUGCUUGACGAUGCUUGGAACAAAGGCAUUGAAGUGGACACCAUUUGUGGCAACGCCGCCUUGUCGCCACAAAGAACUUGGCCAAAGGCGGCACAGGUGCUUCGGCAGCUCCAGGUACAAGGCUUGCGGCCAAAUAGCAGCACCACUGCAACAUUCCUGAGCCAAUUGGGCGAGCAUUCACUUUGGGAGAAGGCAAUGUCUUGGCUGAGAGACAAAGAUGGGGAAAGCGCAGUAAAUGCAGGUAUGGCGGCAUGUGACCGCGGUGGUGCUUGGCAGCGUGCGCACUUGCUGCUGCACUGGCCUGGACUGAAGGUCGAUGUGGUGGGAUGGAGCAGCUGCCAAAGCGCACAAGGGAAGUCUGGAAAUUGGCCCGGAGCACUUUUCCUUCUCGCUGCAGGCAGUGGCAUGAUGCUUUCUGCCAAUGCUGUUGGCCUGGCAGCCGCGCUGGGCUCGUGCCAGAACCAAUGGCGCCAAACUUUGACACUGAAACGCUGGGCGCGCUGGGCCAGCGCGGAGAGCGCAGAGCGUGGCCUGGAGGUUGGCUUCCUUGCCCGAUUGGCGCUACUCAGCGCCAUGGAGAGCGCUUCCCGUUGGGCACGCUCACUGCAACUGAAGCUGGCGCACGAUUACGCGUCUUGUGGGUGCCGUUGUUGCGGCAUCUUGGGCAAGCUCUCGGGGUUCCUCUUGAGAGCCACCACCCGGGAGGAGGUCCGGGUGUUUGCGGCGCCGGUGCUCGAGGCAGCUUACACCCAGCUCCUGGAGAAGGCGGUGAGCCUAGGACCUCCUCCUGGCGGUGAGCGAGAGCCGGCGGCCUCAGGAUCGGGAGCAACAGCUCCUGGUGCAUCGGGAGAUCCGUCUCCUGGAAAGUCGGAGGCAGCUGCUUCCGAGACCAAAGGGGCUGUGACAAGCCCUCCGCCUGGCAGAGAAGAGGGCGGUACAGGCAGCAAGGGCCGGGGACUGCCACCCCUGGCCCGGCUGCGAAGGCGUGAACGACGAGACGAAGGUGAUCAACUCGUUGAGACUGAGAUCAAAGAGGAGCAGGUCACAGACACCAAGGAGCCGGUGGCCGACGUGGAGGAGAAAGGAGCAGAGCGUCAGACAGAGAAAGAGAGAAGCCGUAGACCCAGGUCGUCGAAGGAGGGCCGUGAAGAAGAUCGAAAAAGAAAGAGGCAAGAAGCACGUCUUCCGGAAUCAAGACUAUUGGAGGAGGAGAAGAGAGCAGCAGAGGGGUGCGAGGCUAUGGCACCCAAGAGGAGGCCAGCGGCAGAGGCGGGGCGGCCGAGGGGCGUGAGGAGGCGUCCCGCUGCCCUGGUGGUGGAGAGCGAAGAGGUUUGGGUGGCCGCAGAAGAGGUCACCCUGGCUCAGAUGGAGGCUUGGCCUUUGAUUCGAGUCCAAGGAGAAUACUGGGAGGAAGCAGUCGACUGCAUCGUGGAGAUGAUCGAGCUCAAGGCCAGUCGGGGGGAUCGAGAGCUCCUGGGAAAGGCCAUGGGAACCUCAAGCGAGGGGCUUCUCCGGUACAUCAGUGGAGUGCCGGCAAAAAAGGUUCGCCUUCAUCUAUGCGGGGUGAGGUGCGACAAGAAGACAUGGGAAGAUGGGCUGAUCCACGUGACACGGGUCAAGAGGCAUCGAGAUGGAGAAGUUGCUUGGGAGAAGAACUUGGAGACCAGUCGCGGCGAGGCCGAGAGGGACGAACUCGAGAGGGUUCGUUUGGAGGCUGCAUCACGAGGGAAAGGUCGAGGACAUCCAGCCGUACCACGACCAGAGGCAGAGGUGACAAAGGCCCCUGGGACUUCGGGGGACUCGCAGGAGCACAAGAAGAAGAAAAAGAAAAAGAAAAAGGCCAAGCUCAAGAUCGAGGGGGUGAAGGAUUAUUCGACCCUCUUCAAGAACACAGGCAUGGACGAAGAUCCCAUCAAGCGAAAGCGUUUCAGGCACAGAGCACGGAAGUUGAGCAAAAAAGGAAGGAACAAAGACACCUCGACCAGCGGGAGUUCAGAGAGCUCGGACUCCUCGAGUCAAAUGAGUGCGAGCGAGGGUCACUUUGGGGAGCUUUUCACUCCGCAGACCAGCGCCCAGAAAAUGUGGGAACGCCUUCCGGGAGUCUUGACUGCCCAGUUGCUACAGGACGCGCAUCGCAGCAUGCUUCUGCAGAUGGGCAGCAUGUCAUCGACAACAGGUCAACUACAGCCGCUGACAUCGCAGUAUGUGAGGCAACAAAUGGGGUCAGCUAUGUCACCAGUGAUAUAUCGAGAAGCGAUCCACUGGGCAGCCGCCUUGGACCUGAUGGUCCAAGGAAAGGUUGCAGCCGCAUGCGAUGUGAUGUCACAGAGACUGAAAUCGCUGGAGGCUUUGGCAAAGGGCAUGAAGGUCGACUUGAUCAAACAGCUCGAGUUGAUUCAGGUAGAUCACCACGGCCUGGCCAGCUCGAGCGAACUACAUCAGGCGGGCCGGACAGCCCACGAGGAGAACAAGAUCUAUGGCAAGGCUCCUGGUACAGAGCAAUCACUUCCUAGUGGCAAGGAGGUGGAGGCAGAGGAAUUCAAUGGAUUUGGAUCGGGAGCCCAAGAGCGAGAAGCAAUGGCUCCUGGUUUGAGUAUGCUUGACAUCAUCCAGCAGUCAGCCAGCGUUUUGAGACAAGACAGCACCAUUACAAUGCGCUCCAACAUGGAGGCCCUUCCGGAUCGGCAGAACCCUUUGUUCCCACUGCGACAGGUGAGAAUGGAGGAGCUUGAGGAGGAAGGGACUCCGCGCCGGCUGACUGAGGAAGCAGCGAAGGGGGCUUUCCAGGCUCUUAAUCAUUUGGCUGGAUUCGGGGCAUCGAAGGCCUUGGUGGAUGUGCAGUGGCACUGGGGCACGCAGGUCCUGGCGCGACAGAUUCCACAGGCGUUGGAUUUAAAUCGAGGACUCGGUGUCUAUUUGCGGAAUCUCUCUCUGCAGGAAGAGCCAGAGAUUCGCUCGAAUCGCAAUGGAGCCUGGCAGUCACGGAACAAGCAGUUCCUUGACUUCAAGGCGCAUCCCAAGAGCUCCGGCAUUCGAAAGCAGGUGCGACGCCUCCGGCAAGCUGUGGAGGAAGCCCUGAAGGAGUACCUGGGCGAGGAAAGCGAACAUGUGGAGAUUGCCAUCGAAGCCUCUUGGGCAAACGUGAACCCUGCAUGUGGCUUGAACGGUCCCCACGUCCAUCCCUUUGCGGCGCUUUCGGGUGCAUACUACGUGGACUGCGGCAGCAACGCUACGUCCCCAACGCCCUGUUCCAUCAACUUGAUGGAUCCCAGGCCUUCAGCUCCUAUGGCAGCCCUACCUGCAGAGGUGCGAGACGCUUUGGACUUCGGCAUUGAUUGGACCCUGUCCUUGUGGCCGGGAACCGUGUUGAUUUUCCCUUCCUGGCUGGGACAUUGGGUGCCUCCGAAUGCUGCACCACUGCAGCGCAUCACUAUCAGCUUCAAUGCAGGUCUCAAAGAGAAGAUGGCAAGGUCUGGAGUGGAUGUGUUUGGACACAGGUGA